CGCGUCCGCACCGGGCGGCGAUGGCGGCGGACGGCGACUGGCAGGAAUUCUAUGAGUUCCAGGAGCCGGCCCGCAGCCCCCGGGACCAGGAGAGCUAUAACGCGGGCCCCGAGGCCGGGCCCGGGCCGGGCGGGGCUGGCGGCGGCUUUCCGGCGCUGGCCCGCAGCCUGGAGGAGAAGCUGAGCCUGUGUUUCCGCCCCUCGGGUCCGGGCGCCGAGCCCCCGAGGGCGGCUGUGCGGCCCAUCACCGAGUGCAGCCUCCUGCAGGGGGACGAGAUUUGGAACGCCCUGACCGAUAAUUACGGAAACGUAAUGCCUGUGGACUGGAAGUCAUCCCACACCAGGACCUUGCACUUGCUCACUCUGAACCUCUCGGAAAAAGAGAUAAGUGACAGCUUGCUCUUGGAUACAUCAGACGAGGAGGAGUUGAGAGAACAGCUGGAUAUGCACUCGAUCAUCGUCUCCUGUGUUAACGACGAGCCCCUCUUCACUGCAGAUCAGGUUAUUGAAGAAAUCGAAGAAAUGAUGCAGGAAUCGCCUGACCCGGAAGAUGAUGAAGCACUCACACAGUCAGAUCGGCUUUCGAUGCUCUCCCAGGAAAUUCAAACUCUGAAGAGGUCUAGCACAAGCAGUUAUGAAGAGAGGACGUCUCUCUUCAGAAGUGCGCCAGAACCCUGCGAACUUGCUCGUGAUUUCUUGUCAGCAGGAGUAAAAAGGCUCUCAGUAUCUGAAUUAAAUGAACUCCUGGAAGAAAUUGAGACUGCCAUUAAGGAAUACUCCGAAGAGCUGGUGCAGCAGUUGGCCCUGCGAGAUGAACUAGAGUUUGAAAAGGAAGUGAAAAACAGCUUUAUUUCUGUUCUCAUUGAAGUGCAAAACAAACAGAAAGAGCACAAAGAAACAGCCAAGAAAAAAAAGAAACUCAAGAAUGGCAGCUCUCAGAACGGGAAGAAGGAGAGAAGUCAUAUGCCCGGCACACGCUUCAGCAUGGAAGGGAUCUCAAAUGUCAUUCAGAAUGGCCUCCGCCACACCUUUGGAAAUUCAGGUGGAGAGAAACAGUACUUAACAACAGUUAUUCCCUAUGAGAAAAAAAAUGGACCACCAUCUGUUGAAGAUCUUCAAAUAUUAACAAAAAUUCUUCGUGCCAUGAAAGAGGACAGUGAAAAGGUUCCGAGCUUGUUAACUGAUUAUAUCCUGAAAGUUCUGUGUCCUACAUAGGGCAGCCUCUCUGGGAGCAGCCUCUCGCGGCCUGGGAGCCAGAUUCCACACAGCAUUCCCCCGAGAGCCGGCCACCCUCCCUCCUGCUAGCGGAAGCUCGGCACACUUGAACUUGGGUUUGUGACGCAGUAUUAAUAGACCACGCCUUCACUGAUUCUUUGUAUUACAAACCAAGAGAAACAUGGCACUA